AUGCCGAGCUCAGACUUCAUUAAUAUUAAGGCUUACCAUAUCGGCGCCGACUCUAGCACGGCCGACCUGAGACCGGGCUGCUCUCAUCAAAUUUCUAAGCCAGAACUGCCAACAGCUUGGCAGAAUGAUCCAACUCCCGAAAAGGUGUUCCAAAACACCAAUGGAACUUCGAAGGACUCGAAACCAUUAGUUCAGCGUACAACGGCCAGACUAGCAACCACCAUCCGAAACAUCAUCGGGUCGGGGCAGGUCCAGCGCCGGAGUAUCGCCACCAUCGCACUCUUUCACUACGGAUUUAUGCCGCUUAUAUGCUACUUCAGCUUCGUUUACCGGCUCUUUACAACGAUACCUAUCCGAUGUUCUCAAAGCUUCGACUAUUACAACGAAAGAGACGACAUGUUUGGCCUCGCGGGCCUUUUCACUAUCGACCGAGUCAAAGGACGCUUCCCGUUCUGGCUAGCUAAGCUUUUGGAUACCAUCUGGGACCUGUUUGUUGCUCGUGGCAUGCAGUUUGUUGCAGGCUGGGCCUGUUAUGUGGUCUUCUCCGCUGCGCUACUCCGGACCAUCGAGGUAACACCGAUUCCUUACAGAACCUUCACUGGAAUAUCCUUGGACGGACCAUCUAUUUGGGCCGUUGUAGGCCUAUGUAGAGACCUCAUGCGACACUCGACAAAGAAGGCGACAUUUCUCUUUGCUUAUGCUGCCUUCGCGUUUCUCUACGCCCUGGCUAUGCCAACUCUGAUUUCUACCAUGACUGGCUACGUCAGCUCCUCCUUUGCAUACGUUAUGUUACCCGAUACCUCUCAACAUGUUCCAUCAGAUAUGUUCCACAAAUGCCUUAUGUUUGAAGGCUUGCCAGACAUAAACGGCUCCGCUAAUCUUCUUGAGAAAGAUCUUUCCGUAGCUAAAGCUCGUUCCGUUACUCGGGCAGCCAAAUGCAAUGACACCAUCACCGUCCCAAUAAACAACUACACCUUUCCCAUUGACAUAAUCGACCGCUACCCCAACACUGAAGCCGUCUGCUACAGCGGCAACGGCUACUCCGACAAGGACGUAAAAGAAAAUGAGCGAUGCCUCCCCGACUCCGAAAAGCACGCGGCAUACCGCUGGGGCUUCUCCGCCAAACUUACCUCGCUCGUUCUCAUUCUCCACGCCGUUUGGUCACUUGCACUGUAUUUGAUCUGGAGCGAAGUAGAGCACUACAGCCAACUUCGCAGAGAAGGUUAUGUUUUGAACCCUCUGAGGGGCGUGAUUGCACUGCCUGCCGCGGCACAGGGAACGACGGGGCUGGAUGAUGCGGGCUUAAGGUUUUGGCCUUUGAAAGGGGUCGAAGAACGGCUGUAUGCGAGAGAUGCAGCGGUGCGGUGCGACGCGUUCAUGAAUGCGUUACCCUUUCCUCGGACCGUUUGA